AUGACUAGGAGGAUAGCAUGGGCUAUGCCAACGACAGUUGUUGUGGCCGGAAAUGACGGUGACGAUGGGUUAAGGUACCCUUUAGACUAUUUUUCUCGAUCUAACACUCUUUACAGUAAGGCGCCUCCCUGCAAUACGCUUUACGUUGAUCUGGCGCCACGUGAGAGGAAGCGACGGAAGCCUGAAGAACCAACCGAUGUCUUUUGGAUAUAUUGUGAUCGAAUAACCCAUAUUCUAAAGAUCAUACUUCUUCAGGAUAAGCUGGUGGAAUCAUCUUCUAAGAUGAAUAUGCCUUCAUCUCUGCCACAAACCAUGGCUGCAUAUCCCCCGAUGAUGCACCAUCUGGACCAGAAUGAAAGAAUGCCUUCCGAAGGAAUAUGCGGUACAACUAUGCAUCUUUUGAAGCAAAAUGCUCAAACUCUCAGCCAAAUCUCAUCCAAUCUUUCUGCAUAUAAGUUACCGGAUUACAUCGAUCUCUUUUGUCAAGCAAGGAACAAUAUUACCGCCAUGCUAAACAACAUGAGAGAUACACCAGGUUUAAUGAGCCAUAUGCCACCGUUGCCCGUAUCUGUUAAUGAGGAUUUAGCAAAUAGCAUCUUGCCUGGAGGCUGGAGCAACUAAUGCCUUGUCUCAGACAGUGAUUUUCGGCUCACCAAGCGGGAUCCAUCUCAAGCAGGAACCAAGGUGCUGAUAUCGAACUGCCAAUAUCGAGAUUGGAUAUAUCUGGUUCGUGUAACCACGAAAGAAAAUUCGACUGCAAAUGCCACCAGAAGA